CCCAAAAAACCUCAAGGCGUCCCUCGCUAUGAGAGAUAUUGUUUCAGGACAUCGUCGGUGUCGAAGAACUCGUUAUGUGGAGAAUUACCCCCAUUACCCGCAACAUUGGUGGAGUCCAUGCACUUGUCGCUAUUGACUUCCCCAGGGGCCUGGAACCGCAUCUGCCGUAUCCGCACAACCUCUCCACAGCACAAGAUCUUAAAGUAUCAUGCCUCCGCAACAAAUACUCACAAUCGCGCAACUCUCCUAUUUGAAACUGCUUGCAAUUCACAGACGCUGUUCACAUUAAGAGAGAACGCAAGAUGGCUUUAGAUCUGACACAGGCCAAAGCGCUGUUCUUCGACAUUUAUGCCACCUUGAUCGACUGGGAGGCAGGUAUCUAUCCACAACUACUUCGUUUGAGUCAGAAAGCAGAGUCAGCAAGCGAUCGUCUCGAUGAAAUGCCCGAGUCUCGUACCAAGUUACUUCGCGCCUUCGCUAAGCAUGACAAAGCCGUUGGCCACGAAAACCCGACCCUCGCAUAUUCACAGAUCCUCGAGGAAAUCUAUGCACGCAUGGCAAGCGAGCUAGGCGCCAAACUCAGCAAAGAAGACCAAGUAGCAUUUGGACAGAGCAUAGGAGAUUGGCCAGCCUUCCCAGACACCGUUCAAGCGAUGCAAACCCUUAGCAAGUAUUACAAGGUCUUUGUACUCAGUAAUGUCGACAAUGCUUCUUUCGAAAGAACACGGACAGGACCUUUGAAAGGCGGGCAUUGGGACGGUAUCUACACCGCGGAGACGGUUGGAUCCUAUAAGCCCAAUCCAAACAACUAUCACUAUGUCGUCAAGCGUUUGGAGGCGGACUUUUCGAUCAAGAAGGAUGAAAUGCUUCUGGUGGCGCAGAGCCUGGACAUUGAUCACAUAUCCACGAAAGCUUUGGGUUUCCGACCCGGGGUUUGGAUAGCCAGGGAGAGCGCCGCUAUGGGUGGUAUCAAAGAUGAGAUGGAGCAGCAGGGUCUGAUUGAACUUGGGGCGACUUAUUCCACACUUGGGGACAUGGCAGAGGCCGUUGUGAAGGCAUUUCAAUCUAAAAGUAGGAGUACAUAAAAGGAUGAGCCGGAGGAUAAUGUACAAUCGAUGCUAGUCAUUGCUGCAG